CCCAGAGCAGUCGCUCAAGUGGUAUUCGAACAGGGACAAGAACCCCGCAGAGCACUGAAUGUGGAAGAAACAAUCAUGGGGAAGAACCGUGAAUGUACGGCAGCAGUGUGCCGCAGUGGAGUCACACUGGGGCGCGUGGUAGACACAUUUCUACCAGACGCUGUUGCCAAAAUUCCGUUUCAAAAAGUGGAUGAGUUGGCGGAAGCGAUAACUUUGUGGGAUUCCGAUAAAAAAUUGGAAAUAAAAGAAACAAUUUCGCGGAAGGACCCGUACAACAUACCCGUUGUAGCAGAGAAGAAAGGAUGGCGGAAAGCCAUUGCAGCUUUGACACACUGGCAGCAAGCAAUGAAAGAAUCAUUUGGAAUGCCUAUGUAUUUUGGGUACCGAGGUAUAUUCGCGCAGCGUGAUCCACUUUUUGAGGCAACCGAGAAAGUUCGAGCAGGAGUGAACCGAUCCAGAGGCGCGACAAAAGCAAGAGUGGCAAUAUUUGGAGGAGCACGAGCGUGCACACUGAGCAAAGUGCUGGUGGAAAGCGAGCAUGUAGUUGUAAAAACAACAGGGGAGCAACAGCGGUUUAGCAACUGGAGCGAACUGAGAAACAGCCAUUGGGAAAUGGGCCCGUUCACUGAAAUUGGAUUUUUUCUUUUGGAUGUGGACGCAGAAGAGCAAGAUGUUGAAGAGAUAGUAGCCGCGCUACAGAAACGUCCUGAUGUGCAGGCAGUGAUCAUGGCGCCACCAUUCGUAAAGGGUUACGAACAAACAUCGCAGAAAAUGAAAGAAUGGUUUAUGGCAAUGAAGGGGAAGUAUGCCGACCAUUCUUGGAUCUUUGCGGGUUGGCAAGACGGAUCUGAAGAAAUUGAUCUGAUUCACACUGAUCCGGCAGCCCAGAACUCAGUCGCAGCCAUACCAGAAAGAGAGCCAACAGUUCGAACGAUGCAGAGGAAACGAGGACUAGAUACCGUGGCCAAAACAACGCAGCAACGAACUCAUCCGUAUCGUGCAGAAAUCCGCAGAGCUCGGAGUCCGAGUUUCAAAAGACGGCGCGCAGGAGAAGCAAAGAGCAAUCCAGAACCGCGCAGCAAAUUGAUCUGUGAUCUGUUCCACCCUUUGUGA